UUUAGAGUUCUGCUUCCGGCUCAGACGGUUCGCAGCCUCGAGAUGAAGAAGAUGGCGGCGGCCGUGGCUUCGUUAACCACGGUGGCGACGGAGCCUGGAGAGGACGCCUUCCGGAAACUUUUCCGCUUCUACCGGCAGAGCCGGCGGGGGACGGCGGACCUGGGGGCGGUCAUCGACUUCUCGACGGCACACGUGGCCCGAGGCCCGAGCCCCGGCGUGCCCAAGGUGGUCAGAUUUCCUCUGAAUGUGUCCUCGGUGACUGAUCGUGAUGCCUGUAGGGCAGGACUUCAGCCUGUGAGCAAGUGGCAGGCUUAUGGGCUCGAAGGCUAUCCUGGAUUUAUUUUCAUCCCAAACCCAUUCCUCCCAGGAUGUCAGUGGCACUGGGUAAAGCAGUGUCUUAAGUUAUACUCCCAGAAACCUAAUGUGUGUAACCUGGACAAGCACAUGACUAAAGAAGAGACCCAAAGUCUGUGGGAACAGAGCAAAGAGUGCCUAAGGUCUAAAGAGGUAAAUAAACGGAGACCCCGAAGUUUACUAGAGAGACUGCGCUGGGUCACCCUGGGGUAUCAUUAUAACUGGGACAGUAAGAAAUACUCAGCAGAUCAUUAUACACCUUUCCCUUCUGACCUGGCUUUCCUCUCAGAGCAAGUCGCCGCUGCCUGUGGAUUUCAGGGGUUCCAAGCAGAAGCAGGUAUCCUGAAUUACUACCGCCUUGACUCUACACUGGGAAUCCAUGUGGACAGAUCUGAACUAGAUCACUCCAAACCCUUGCUGUCCUUCAGCUUUGGACAGUCUGCCAUCUUUCUCCUGGGUGGUCUCAAGAGAGAUGAGGCCCCUACAGCCAUGUUUAUGCACAGUGGCGACAUCAUGGUGAUGUCAGGUUUCAGCCGCCUGUUAAAUCAUGCAGUCCCUCGAGUUCUUCCGCAUCCGGAUGGGGAAUGCCUGCCUCACUGCCUAGAGACACCUCUCCCAGCUGUCCUCCCUAGCGGUUCACUGCUUGAGCCCUGCUCUGUAGAGGACUGGCAGGUGUGUUCCACCUAUUUGAAAACUGCUCGAGUUAAUAUGACUGUCAGACAGGUACUGGCCACAAACCAGGACUUCCCCUUAGAACCUAUGGAGGAGACAAAAAGAGACAUUACUGCAGAUGGUUUGUGCCAUCUGGAUGACCAGAAUAGCCCAGUAAAACGGGCGAGGCUAAAUUCUGACGCUUAAGACUUAAAGGUUAGACCUGUUGCCAUGCACUCUCGCCCCAAGGCAAUCCUCACAAGGGCAGGAAAGAAGGCCUCCGUCAUGCCACUGUCUGGAUGUGUCUUGGAGAGACACAGAGAAGUGUUUAAAUCCAGCUCAAUACAAGCAGGAAUGUGUUUGUCGUACCUCAUAGGUAUGAUAAUGAUCCACACGGAUUUCUCAGCCUCUGCUGUUAUCUCAGGAGGAAGAAGUGAGAUCGUAUGUCUAUGGUGUGUCACUACCUCAGAGCUUAUUAAGAGGAAAUAGUAUCUUCCUCUCAGCAUUAUAUAAUUCAUGAACCAGCAACCAGAAUUCCUAACUCCUAGUUGUCAUCAAAUACUUUGAGAUCUUCACUCUUCUCUGCCCUCAGAGAGGAAUCUUAUGCACAUGAAGACAGUGGAAUUAAGAGUGUCCCUCGGGAGCUGGUGUUGUCUCUUGAUUGGUAGAACAAAUGUCUACCAUGUAUGUGUCCUGGGUUCACUACCCUGUACCACAUGAAUCCGGUGUGGUGUGGCCUGCCCCGGUGCUCCAAGGGGUAGAAGAUCUGAAGUUCAAAGGCAUCUUCAGCUACAUACAUAACAAAUUCAAAGGCCAGCCUGAGCUACAUGAUACACAGACGCAAAGUGCCCCCACCCCCAAAGAAGUUAGAGAUAAAUACGUGUAAAACAAAGGAAAAGAGAAAGUAGUCUCUGUGUGUCUUUUAUAACUCCAAACUCUUUCUGGUGGCUUUUUAACGGACUAAGAAAGUCUUUAGAGUAUUUUGUUAGCUGUUUUCUCCAUGAAUAAACACUCCCAUCUUAAACUAAAGAUCUGUAUCUCUUUGAGAGUGUAUCAGGGAUACACUUUUUCUUUAUUUGCUGUAUUGAUGCUGUUGAAGCCUCUGGCUGUUUCUCUCCUAAGUAUUGUGGCUGUCAUAACAGAACAUUCUGUGAAAGUCCAGUCACUGCCAUAGUU